AUGAAGAAGUCAGAGGCCAACACCGCUGAAGGCGCUAUCCAGCCUCAAUCUGGGGGAGAUUUUGCUGUCGGUGAGAUCGCCGGCGACGUCAAGCAUGAAAUGCAACUCAAUGUUGGUGGCCGAGGUGCCACUCAACGCCGUCUGCGCAAUUACCAGGUUACUAUGAUUGGUUUCUGUAGCGGUAUAGGUACUGGUCUGUUUAUUGGGACUGGUGCUGCCUAUGCAAAAGCAGGCCCUGCCGGACUUUUCCUUGCCUACACUAUAGUCGGAUCAGUGUUGUGGUGCGUGAUGCAGAGCAUCGCUGAAUUGGCCACUCUUUUCCCUACAGCCGGCUCCUUUCCUCACUGGGCCACUCGUUUUAUCGACCCCGCAGUAGGAUUCUCCUUGUCGAUCUCCUAUGGCUACGUCUUUAUGAUUGCCAUUGCCUCUGAGACAUCGGCGGCGGCAUUAGUGGUAGCCUACUGGACUGAUCUGACUCCAGCCGUGGUGAUUACGGUCAGUCUGACCUUGAUCUUAGCAAUCAAUCUGAUGAACGUCCGCUUCUACGGUGAAACAGAGGUCAUCGGUGGUGUCGUUAAGGUCACUUGUUUCCUCGGCCUCAUCUUCGUGUCUAUCGUGAUCACCGCCCGCGACCGUAUCGGCUUCCGCUACUGGAACGAUCCUGGCGCGUGGACAAAUUACAAUGGCAUCGUGGGUCCUAAGGGACACUUCUUGGGAUUCCUAUCUGCAUUCGUUAACGCGUCAUUCAGCUUUAUCGGUAUCGAAACCGUCGUGAUCACGGCCGCUGAAUCGGUCAACCCUACUUAUGCUAUUCCGAAAGCUGCUCGCUACAUUACCUACCGCAUCGGAUCUUCUACAUCAUCGGCGCGCUCUUGA